GACAGAAAUGCAGUUAAAAAUAUGCAAAAUACUUUGAAAAAUAAGAAGUGGUCAUUGCAGAUGAUACGUAUUCACUUAACUAGAUUUUAGUAUAAAUAUGUACAUAUUCAGAAUUUGAUGCACUUGAGUUUAGUGUGGCUUACUGGCAAGAUGAUUUCUUUGGUAUUAUUUUUGACAAUAUGUGGGUGCGCUUUUGGUCAAUAUAGAGAAAAAGUACUAGUCAGGCCCAAUAUUGCCAUUACUCCUGGACAAGUAAUUAGAAUUAUUAGUCAAACCCAAGAGGGACCCAACCUUGAUGGAUCAUACGCCUGGAGUUACGAAACCGAAAAUGGCAUCGCUGGUCGUGAAGUUGGACGACCAAAAGCCCAAGACAUCGAAGAAGUUCAAGGUGAAAUCAAAUACACAGCUCCAGAUGGUUCACCGAUUCAAUUAACUUAUACUGCUGAUGAAAACGGUUUUGUUCCACAAGGCGCCCAUUUGCCCACUGCUCCACCAGUUCCUGAAGCAAUUUUGAGAUCUUUGGAAUGGAACGCUGCUCAUCCGGAAGAAGAUGAUUAUCUUAGGGGAGCUAAUACUAUUGAGGGUUCUGUUAGAUAUAGGAGACCUUAAAGUAAAUGAUUAAUGCUAUGUAUUUAUUCUGUAUAUGUGAUUUGAAGGUGUUGUUAUGGUUAUAUUUUUGUAAAAUAAUAUUCUAGCAAAUAAA